AUGGUGGACGUCUUUCCGUCACAAGCAACCGCUGAAGCUCGGUAUAUAGCGAUUUUUGGGACAAGAACACGUUUCGUCGUUAUGAUUCUCGUACUGCUGUGUCUAACCAGUAUAUGGUCAAACAUUCUCACCUUCAACUUUGCCGUGGUUUGCAUGCAAACAUCGGCUCGUGAGGAAACUGCAGCCAAUGGCACGAAUACAACACAAUCGACGAGCCAAGAAUCGUGGGCAAUAUCAGUAGUGGCGAUCGCUGCACUACUUGGUAACUUUCCAGUUGUACAACUAGUAAAUAAGGUCGGUAUCAGAACGGUAUUUGCCGGUCUUGGCGUGCUCAGUUCUAUAUCGACACUGCUUAUACCUACAGCGAUCCGUUUCGGAUUUCACUGGUUCCUUGCUGUACGUUUUUUGCAAGGAUUCGCAUUUGCUGCUAAUUUUCCUGUGAUUGGCUCGUUCUGUGCAAGAUGGACCUAUUUCAAGCAGAACGGUCUAUUUGUCUCGGUUCUCGUCGCUUACGUUCAGCUGGCACCAGCAUGUACUAUGCCAGCAUCAGGAGCGCUCUGUUCGGCUUUUAGCUGGCCAGCGAUCUUUUACGCUCACGGUGCUGUGUCACUACUUCUCUUCAUCACAUACGCCUUAUUCUACCGUAACUCACCCGGCAAGCACCCGUUCGUUGGACGUGUGGAAUUACGCAAGAUUAGCGUCGGAAAGAUCGACAACGUAGAUAAACGAGCCCUACAAGCCAUACCAUAUGCGGCUAUUCUUACUACACCAGCCAUUUGGGCUAUAUGGAUUGCCUCCAUCGGCAAUUUUACUUGCGUCAAUAUGAUGUUUCUCUUUUCACCUAAAUAUCUGUCGACAGUUCUCGGAUUUCCCGUACACAAGACUGGAAUCACGGCAGCGUUACCUCCUCUGGCUCAGUUUUGCAGCAAACUGAUUUUUGGUAUGCUAUCGGAUAGAAUCAAAUUCAUCUCCGAGAAGAAUAAGUUUCGAAUUUUCAACUCGAUCGCUUUUAUUGGAUCGGCAACGUUUUUGACCAUACUGGCAUUCAUGGGUGAUUCCCACAAGAAUAUCAAUAUGGUUGUAUUGGGAUGUGCGGCUGGAAUACUUGGCGCAACUACCGGUGGAUUUUUCAAAGCUGGACCGGUGAUCUCAAAACAGUACAGUCACUUUGUUACCGGCAACAUCUCAUUGGGUAUUACAAUCACUAUGCUUAUCGUUCCAUUCAUCGUCAAUUCGUUGACACCGAAUCACAUACAAGAGGAAUGGAAAUGGGUUUUCUUGUUUGUAGCGACUGUCAUGUUCGUCACCAAUCUCAUCUUCAUGAUUUUCAUUAGAGGUGAACCAUGUGAAUGGACAAAAGAUGAAUUCGUCCGCUCACAUACAAUGAACUCCGUUAGGAUACAAGACGUACCACCACCGACUGUGCAGCGAUUCUGA